GAUGAUGGAAAGAAAAAUGUCAGUUUUAAAGUUAAUUUCCUUUUUACACAUUUUGCCUUGGGGAGUAGAGAAAAUGUUGUAGAUUUAAAGCAAGCUUUCUGCAAUUCUACACAUUUUGCCAUUGGAUGGAGACAUUUUUUGCAGUUUUUAAAGCUGAUUUCCUGCAAUUCUACAAAUUUUGUGAAGACUUAUGGUUGAAUCAAUGCUGUUUCCAGGUCAUUUCAACAACAAAAAAGUCAAUAUGAUGAAUUUGAAUCAACACGAAAAACUAAUUGAAUUUGCAAAAAGUCAUCAAUGUAAAGGAAGAUAGUAUUUUUUUCACCCAACUUUUAACCUAAAUUCAAUGAUGUGAUUUUUGUUGUUGUUGUUGAAUUCACAUUAGUUCACAACUCAACCAAAUGUAAAUAAAAAAUAGACGUUGAACUGACAUCUGUGCCCCGUGGGAUGUUAAUGAAAUCUGAGUGAGAGUGGCAAACAAAAUAAAUUAGUGCCCCUAGUGACAUAUGCCCGGUCGGCAUGCCCGGUCGGCAUUCGGCCAUGAUUACUACAAGUUUAGAUAAAUUAGUCUAGCCAGCUAAGAAUUGUUAGCUGACAUGGUUAAUUGAGCGACUGUCAGUAGCUAUGAAAUAUGUGCAUUUUCCCACCAGUGGUGUGUUUCCACCAAACUGACUUAUUGCGGAACUCUACAGAUAGUUGGUAACAAAAACUGUUGCGUUAAAUAGCAAAUGUGGUCUUGGCACGUGUGCUCUAGCCAACAGUGCGGCUAGGCUAGUCUACAUGAUGAGAUUAUUAUGGAUAAGGAGAAGAAUAUUUUUUGGUUGUCAAACGGCAGUCAAGUAGAGGGGGAGGAAGAGGAUGAUGAUGAAGAGGAUGAUGAUGAGGAAGGAGAGGAAGUAGAGAGACUGAUAGAUCCAGAUAGCAGAGAGGACUGUGGGUUAGAGGGAUAUGAUUCUGAGAAACCGUUGCCCCCACACAAUUGACUGUGACUUCACUGUGCCAUUACUAGAUAUGCUAAUUUAUUUACUUAUUUUUAACUGUUAGUUUGUUUUGCCAAAAUCUCAUUUGUUGUGUCAGGUUAAGGUUUAUUUUCAAAUAUCAGUUUAACAUCAUGUCACCAGAAUAAGAUCACUCUACAUUUACUGGAAAGGUGCGUCAAACUCAUCCCUGUCCACUUUCAGCACCCUGGGAAGUUCAUCACAAUUGAUUUAAUCUGUAGCUCAACAAACUGCAUGGUUUCCCGUGUCUUCGUCGGAGGACCACACACCAUAUCAUUGCUUUUACACCCUUGGCGCUGUGCUUUUGAUGGCGUUCUUGCAGAGGACUGGAGACUACUGCCACGCUCAACAUCCCAGAGCAUAGGCUGAUCCAGGGGAGGAUGCCCACUGCUCUGCCUUCUCCGCCUAAUACCCUGCACUGAUCCCUGGGUACCAACGCAUCGAGGGCUCCCAGCCUCCCAGGACUCUCCACACCCUAGGUCUGUCACUCUAAGACCCUCUCUCAGGAACCCUAAUGGGGUGAUUGGACUAACUAUUCCACUACUCUUCAGUGAAAGCCCCAAGACCUCAUCUAAACCAACCACAGUGACCCUCCCAAGGAUCGACCAACCCGAGGACAGACUUGUAUUUAUCAAUCUUCUUAAAGGAGGGACAGGACUGAGAACGUCUGCAGGGUUAAAGGCGACAGGAGUUUAGCCCACCAGCGACCGUGGCCACCGUGGACGACCAGUUUGUGGUCCCUUUGCGUCCCUGUCCGUGUUGCGUUCGCACCACCAGCUGGGUAAGGGUUGUCAACAUGGCCCGUAUGAACCGUCCGGCGCCGGCCGAGGUGUGCUACAAGAACAUGCGGCUGCUCAUCACGCACAACCCCACCAACUCCACCCUCAACAGCUUCAUCGAGGACCUUAAGAAGUACGGAGCCACGACGGUAGUGAGAGUGUGUGAGGUCACCUAUGAUAAGGCUCCAUUGGAGAAGGAUGGCAUCACUGUGGUGGACUGGCAGUUUGACGACGGUGCGCCCCCUCCCUCUAAGGUGGUGGAGGACUGGCUGAGUCUGCUAAGGUCUCGUUUCCUGGAAGAUCCGGGCUGCUGCGUGGCCGUGCACUGUGUGGCUGGACUGGGCAGAGCCCCGGUGCUGGUGGCGUUGGCACUGAUCGAGAGUGGGAUGAAGUAUGAGGAUGCCAUCCAGUUCAUCAGACAGAAGCGCAGAGGGGCGAUCAACAGCAAGCAGCUGACCUACCUGGAGAAGUACCGCCCCAAACAGAGACUGCGCUACAAAGACCCACACAUCUUCAAGAACAAGUGCUGCAUCAUGUGACCCCCAUUUCCAUCCUCAGCCAAUCAACUGCCUGCCACCUGAUCGAUCUGACCCGAAUGGAUAACGACAAUGGACGAGUCCACAGCCAAUGCACUUUGUGGCUGAACUAUGAGAACUAUGAAUCAUGAACUGAGCUAAGCAGCUCCACCAAGGGAAGGGUGUGAUCAGUCUCCCUGGUGCCUAAAGAUGGCUCUUACUGAGGGGGCCCAUGGAUCAAGCCCUCCUUGAAUCUGACUUUUUAUCCAAGAGCCAGCCAGAGGUAGCUUGGAAUGGAUGGUGAAAGGGGCACAGGACGUUGACACAUUGAACUCCGUCAUCACCAUGGGGUUGUGCCUCGCUGCAAAUUAUUUGACUUGCAGUUGACUUUGUCAUUGUACCUCCAACGCCCCCUUGCUACCAAAUGGUGGUAACGCCUCAAAUCAUUGUCUGAAAGAGAGACAGCUUUGGCUGUAUGAAUAUGAAACCAAUGUGAAUCAUAGGGGGGGAAAUGUUUGUGCCUGGUUGCCCUUUAUCUCUCUGCCUACAGUAGGGGGACUGAGCUGUUUUCUGUUCACUCCUUGUUCCAAGGUUAAUGCUAUCCAGAAUCCUUGGGACAUCCUUAACCCUUACCUAACCCCAACCAUAACCCUUACCUAACCACAACACCAUCCUUAACCCUUACCUAACCCCAACCAUAACCCUUACCUAACCCCAACCUCAACCAUAACCCUUAACAUUUUAAAUUUAAACUUGAAUAGAGAGAAAUAGUAAUGCUGUCUUUUUGUAGCCACUAACUCUGCCGUGGUUCGUUGGACAAAGCCUAUGGGGAAAUUAAUGCCAUUUUGUUGGGUUUUUGGAUAAACGCCGAAAAUAAAGUCUGUGGUAAACACCGGCUUAGAACACAAUGUACAAGAUCUCCUAUGAGAUAAUCUUCAUCAGCUAAUGUCGCUUUUUGUGAAUUCUGAAGCAUUUAUGUAAUCAAAAAAGCGCAUAAAGGCUUCAUCUGUAAAGGUCAUGUUAACUGACUGAUAUUAUCUCAUAGAACAAAACAUAAAAUCUCCUAAACCUGUGUUAACCCUGACCUUAUUUUUGGCUUUUAUCCCAAAACCCUAUUCUUUCCCCAUUUAAUUUUCCACAUAGGCUAUGGUGAACGAACAUAAGGUAGCCUAUUUCCGUUUUUUAGGACUACAACCUGGCGAGCUCUAUGGGGUGACGUCGAAGUUGGACGUUCCAAGGAUACCGGAUAGCAAAGACCCUUGUUCCAAUGCCCUGAUAAUGUGUUUACUGUAAUAUAUUUUUGUCAUGAUGCUACUUUCUAGCUUUAAUAUUCAGUGGUCUUGCAGAUGAGAACAGGUGGGAAGGUUAUAGGAAUAAGGUGGGGUGCACUUGGAUGAUAACCAACAGGUUUAUUUGUACUGUACCUACACUAUGUAAUUGAUGUUAGGACAGGUAGGACUAUUUAGUUACAUUGGCUCAUGUGGCAAAUGGGUGUAUGGGACGAAGUAGCGUGAAGUUGCCCCUAGAUGCUGAUCUUGGGUCAGUUUAGCAUUUUCCCCACUAAUGGUUAAGGUUCGGAUUGGUUGAGGGUAAGCUGAUCCCAGAUCUGUACCUAAGGGACACCACCCCAGAGCGUAUAGGACAUACACUGAGUGGAGCACACUUGGGUGGCUCUAUGUGCAUAUCCUGUACUGAAACGUGGCCCUCUCUUUCUCUCUCUGCACCAUGCUUUUUGUUACAUGGCGGCUGUACGCUGAAUCUACCCACAUGGAGUAAAAUGCCGUUGAUAAAGUUUAUGGUCAGUGGCCUGUCGAGGGCCCUGUGAUUUAACCCACCCGCUCCCAUCUGCAUAGCUGGUUAGGUCUACGCAAAAUGAAUUGUUGUUUUCUAGUUACUAGCCCAGUUUCUCUGAUAUCAGGUCAACUUUUGUACAGGUGUAGUUAGUUUACACCUCACCAGACAGAUACACAGCCUUGUCUCUGUUCUCCGCAUUGAUGUUGCCUUCUUCUGUCAGCCUUUGAAGAAACCACCUUCAGUUGAAUAGAAAUAAUAAAAUAUUUCAGUCA